AUGAAGCCUCAAGACGUCGCUAUAUUGCUCAAUAUACCCCGGGUGAGCGUUUACCAAAUCGUACAACGCGCCAAAGAGCAUGGAUAUGAUCCUACAGUCAAUCCUCGUAUUGAGCAUGAGCACGUCGCUAAUAAUACGCGUAGUGGCCGCCCAAAAGUGGUUACUGAAGCUAUUGAGGCCUCAAUUAUUGCAAGUAUUACUAAGGAUAGGGCUGGUCGUGAGAAGUCUGCUGAAUAUCUCGCUUAUGAAGCCGGUAUUUCUGAAUCAUCUGUUCUGCGUCUUUUGAAAUUGAAUUCUUUUAAUAAAUGCAAGCCAACUGUGAAACCUGGUCUGACAGAUAAAAUGAAGCAGGCAAGGCUCGCAUUUGCUCUUGAGCAUCAACACUGGACUCUUGAAGACUUUAAGAAUAUUAUAUGGACGGAUGAGACCUCUGUUGUCCUAGGCCACCGGAGAGGCUCUAAUCGUGAAAUUCUUGUGCCAAAGCUGCUUCCUUUUGCACAGGAAUGUAAGCGUUCCAGGCCAGGCACAAUUGUAAUGGAGGAUAACGCACCUGCGCAUGCUCAUUUUCACCAAAAAGAGAUAUAUUCGUUCCAUGACGUGCAGCGCCUACUUUGGCCUGGUAAUUCCCCUGAUUUGAAUGCUAUUGAGCCGACGUGGUUUUGGCUCAAGAAACGUACAACUCUCCAAGGAGCCCCUGGUGACAGGAAGACAGCAGUUGAAGCAUGGGAAAAAGCAUGGGAAAGGCUACCCCAGCAUCAUAUCCAGGCUUGGGUUGAGAGGAUCCCAUUUCAUAUACAAGAAAUCAUCCGUCUAGAGGGUGGAAAUGAGUAUCCGGAGGGCCGGCCCCAGGGUGACGUACGCUCACGUUGCCGGCGUAAAGGCGUGCUCUCGUUCCGGGCAUAUCUAGAGGAUGAGUGGGAGGACUUGGAAUAG